AUGGCCAACCCUUUCGCUACGGCCCUUCGCUCUUUUUGGCACACCAUGACGAGCAACGACAGACAUUCAACCUUUGACUCGCCACAGCGCACCGGUCGCCACGUCCCUCUGCACAACGGUCGAAAUGGCAUCCUCACUGGUGUCGCUACUGCCUCGGAUUCUCGCGCUGACAUCAGCUCACCCUACACCGACGAAGGAGGUCGCGGUUCGCCCACCCGCAACGGCAACCAAAGUCCCAUUUCGCGAGGGUACUCGCCGGGAAUGCGCUCGCAAUCAGCACAGCGAGGCGACGGCUUCGAGGUCCAGAGCCCCGGUGACGUCCCCAUGCAGUCUUUCCAAGAUGGUCUGCCCCCUCCGCCUCCCGUUCGCUAUUCUUGGGAACGCAUCGACACAUGGGCCGAAGAGAACUAUACAGAACUGUGGGACCAGCUGGGCGAAGGCGCCACCAACAACGACCUGAACGACCUGGAACAUCAGCUUGACUGCUCGCUGCCCCAAGACGUCCGCGAGUCAUUAAUGGUUCAUGAUGGCCAGGAACGGGGAGGAAACCCCACGGGAAUUAUUUUUGGAUCCAUGCUGAUGGACUGUGAGGAAAUUGUGCAAGAAUGGGAACAGUGGAGACGAGUCAACAAUCAGUAUCUUUUGGACAAUGCGCCCACGAAGCCGACUACGCCGUCCAAGGCGUUUGGCGGCGGCAGCAGCGAGGCUUCUUCAUCAAAACAGCAACCACCUCGACCUUCGUCCUCAUCUUCUGCCGGCGACGGCGAAUGGAGACAGAAUCUCCUCGCUCGCCAGGCCUCCGUCCCGCCCAACACGGUGCAAAAGGCCUAUGCCCACAGCGGCUGGAUUCCCCUGGUCCGGGACUGGGGCGGCAACAACUUGGCAGUCGACCUGGCGCCCGGGCCCAACGGUCGCUGGGGCCAGAUUAUCCUGUUUGGAAGAGACUACGACACCAAAUACGUUGUGGCGCGCUCGUGGGCCGCCUUUCUCGCCCUGGUUGCCGACGACCUCAACAGUGGCAAGUGGUUCGUCGACGAUGACACCGGUGAGCUCAAGCUGCGAGAGUUCAGGGACUCGAGAGUAGAGCCGGCGUACUUUAACAUUUUGCGAUGGAGGAUGGACCAGAAACAUGGACGACGACCGGGCCCCGGCAAGCGUCAGUCCAUGGCCAACGGAAAGGCUCCGUCUCCCCGGGGUUCACGGUCUGCCUCUCCCUAUGGUAGCCCUAUUGAGGCCAAUGGCGAUGUUCGUGGUCGAUCCUUGCAACGGUUGAGCGGCUCCUCGCCACUGGCGAGCCCCAUGAGAGCCGGAGGAUAUGGCAAGAACCCUCUGAGUAGAGUGACGGAGGAGUCUGCAAUCCCCGAAGUGCCGAGCGCGGAAAUCGAACCCAGCAAGCUGGUCGAGGUCGAAACGCCGAGGGAGAGCGAGGAGGGGAAAACCGGACUGCGAAUCACAACCAUUGCUCGUUCCGAGUCGGAUCUGCUCAGAGACAAGGAGAACGAGAAUCCGGCCAAGUUGAACGGCAAGGCACCUGCAACCGCCGACGACACAAUGAAGACGAUUGAGAUUUGA